AUGGGGGACGCAGAUGGCGAGGGUGAUGGACUCACAGGGCCAGACCGGCUCAAGUAUACCGAGGCCUUCAAUAUCUUCGACAAGCACCAGCAAGGCUACAUCCCAUGGAAGCCGGACUUUGCAAAGCUUUGGCGUGCCAUUGGGCAAAACCCAACGGAAGCCGAACUUCGGCGAAUCAUCGAGGAGAACGACACUGGCACAGGGCACUUUCAGCUCGAAGCUUGUCAGUUUGGCUCUGUGUUCUUCAAGGAUGCUUUGAGAAAAGAGCAGCUCAUUGAAGCGUUCAAGACUUUCGACAAGGACGGCAAGGGCACCCUCACCAUCGCUCAGAUACGAUACGUAAUGAUGACCAUGGGAGACCCACUCAAUGAUGAGGAAGCUGACCGUUUCAUUGAUUUCGCAGAUAAAAACAAAGAAGGCCCAACAGCGGAGAUCGAUUAUGAAGAGUUAGUGGAGCGCUUGGACGAGACCUGGAAAGGAUAUUUUCUCCGGAAUUUGUGUGGGCUCCCUUUCGAGAAGUUCAAGCAUUGCAAGCCUUUAGCAGUAGGCAACCGAGAUCAGCUCCAGGAGCGGAGAUCGCCAGGUGCAGUGGCCAUUGGGAGGUUGGCCUUUACCUGCGUUGGCCCUCGCCAUCAACCUCCACCAAGUCAGCUUUGUUUCAAGGACGAAACUGGCCUCCUUUGCGUGGGCCGCAAGGAGGUGCCGUUGCCCCUGGCCUUUACUGCAAAAGCAGAGACUGAGCUGUUCGACAACGCACUGCCAGAAUCGCAAGCACAGCUCUAUUGGAAUUUUGGCCUGAAACCGAACAUUGGACUUCAAGUGAGGAAGUUAGACCGGAAAGGCCGCAUGUCCGACGGCCCUGUCCUUCGUGCUUGUCAGGAGCAGGUCAUACCCAGGUGCUUUUCCACCACGGAGGAUUUUUUCAGAGAAAGGAAGAUACAGACAAAGUUGGAACCUUGGAGGAUUCCUUCGGGCAAGACCCCUGAAGAG